GGAAGGCGGGCUUCCGCUGUGACUGGAAGGAGCGCUGAGGAGAGCCGGAAGAGACCGUCGAAGCUUUUGAGGGGAAGAGGUGCUGGCGGCUUGAGGGCCAAUUGAAGCGACAGGAUGUCUUCUGGUGCUUUAUUCCCAACCUUGGUGCCUGGUUCUCGGGGUUCGUCAAGCAAAUACCUGGUCGAGUUCCGUGCAGGAAAGAUGUCUUUGAAAGGCAGCACGGUCACCCCUGAUAAGAGGAAGGGCCUUGUCUACAUACAGCAGACGGAUGAUUCCCUCAUUCACUUCUGUUGGAAAGACAGGACAUCUGGGAACGUGGAGGAUGACCUGAUUAUAUUUCCUGAUGACUGUGAAUUUAAAAGGGUGUCUCAGUGUACUACUGGCCGUGUCUAUGUGUUGAAGUUCAAGGCUGGAUCCAAGAGACUUUUCUUCUGGAUGCAGGAACCUAAGACAGAGAAAGAUGAAGAGCACUGUCGUAAAGUGAAUGAGUACCUCAACAAUCCACCCAUGCCUGGAGCCUUAGGAGGCAGUGGAAGUGGGGGCCAUGAACUUUCUGCCCUUGGAGGUGAGGGUGGCUUGCAAAGUCUUCUGGGAAACAUGAGUCAUAACCAGCUGAUGCAGUUGAUUGGACCAACAGGCUUAGGAGGACUUGGUGGACUUGGUGCUCUAACAGGUCCUGGUCUGGCUAGUCUUUUGGGCAGUGGAGGGCCUCCAACGAGCAGCUCUUCUUCCAGUUCACGCAGCCAGUCAGCAGCUGUGACGCCAUCCUCCAGUACCUCCUCCACCCGGGUAACGCCUGCUCCUGCUCCUGCUCCUGCUGCUCCUGCAGCUGCCACAACCACAGCCACUAGUCCUAGUCCUGCUCCAAGCUCAGGAAACGGGACCAGCACAGCAACAAGCCCUACGCAACCCAUCCAGCUAAGUGAUCUUCAGACCAUCUUAGCUACUAUGAAUGUACCAGCCGGAACAGGAGGACAGCAAGUUGACCUGUCCAGUGUGCUUACUCCAGAAAUAAUGGCACCUAUUCUGGCCAACACAGAAGUUCAAGAGCGCUUGCUGCCUUACCUUCCUUCGGGGGAAUCUCUGCCGCAAACAGCAGAGGAGAUUCAGAACACGCUCACCUCUCCGCAGUUCCAUCAGGCCUUGAGCAUGUUCAGUGCUGCCUUGGCUUCUGGGCAGCUGGGACCCUUGAUGAGCCAAUUUGGUUUACCAGCGGAAGCUAUAGACGCAGCAAACAAAGGUGACGUAGAGGCGUUUGCAAAAGCCAUGCAGAACAACGUCAAAUCCGACCAAAAGGAAGGAGAAGCAAAGGAGAAGAAGGACGAAGAGGAAGACAUGAGUUUAGAUUAGGUUUCUUAAUUGUGUCUGUAUGAUACUCCUAGAUAUUAACUUUAAGUAGAAUCCCUAGCUGACUCCGUGUAUCGAAUCUACAAGUAAAGGCUCUCACUCCCAAAAUUCUUUCUGGAAAUAACUUUUCCCCCCGUUUCUUGCUAUAGCCCAAGGCAGCUGUUUUGCCUUAAGACACCGCUUGUCCCUAGGAAAGAUUUGAUUGGUCUAAAUGAAAUCUUGCAUCCAGUAAAACUGUAGCUUUUACGUUUGAAGGGUUAGCCUACAUCUAUUCGUUUAUAUAUAUUUUUUAUAUCGAGCUAAUUGUACCUGGGUGUGACUAUAAUUGGUGGAAUAUUUGACUUCUUGCCUUCAUUAAAGAUUUGAGGGGCUCCUGAGAGUCAGAUCUCCUCCCCUCCCUCUCUGUUUGGAUAAUGUGGGGCCUGGGGAAUUGUUUGAGCAGAAUAUUUUCACAGGAACUACGAAUCCAGGGAUUUUUAAGCUCCAUUUGCAAAGAGGCUCCUCCAAGGGUGGGCUGGGCAUGACAAAACGUGAUAAAGAAUGGCUUAUGGCUUUGAGAUUGACAAAUAAGUGGCAAAAAUACUGAUAUUCGGGGGGGGGGGGUUAUAGAAUUGAACCCUUGCAAGCAAUUCAGUUGGUUGUAAGCAUGUAAUUCACAUUAUUAAAAGGGAGGACCAGUAUCCCCCUUCAUGGCAUCCUAUGAACGCAUUCGCUCAAACAUAUGCUCUCCUCCUGCACCGAGGCCACUUUGUGUACAAAUAUUACAAGAAGGGAACAGUCAGAAAAAUUUAUUGGAAGUAUGUAGCGAUGAUGUACAGAAAUAUUGCUUUCAUCAUUUAGUUCCCCCCCAAAUAAGUUGCUGAAAUAAAAGUCAGGGUCAGGUAAAAUCCACUUUUCAAUAUGUACCCCAGCAUUAAGAUAACCAAUAUACUUUGAGUAAUAAAAUUCUUUUUAGAGCUGUC